GUUUCGUUUGGGGGUCACGCGCCUGAGUUCAGCUUCCGGUAAGUGGUCCCUUUUUUCCGUCGCUCCACAAAAGCGCUUUAAAGUGACCUAAAAGCGCGAAACGGCGUCUCCAGCCAGCCGGGGAUGCGCCCGUGUGGGAAGAUUCCCACUCGUGUGCGUGUCUGAGGCGCUUUUGCCACCUUUGGCGAGUUUGCAUCAAGCUAGCGGGGCUUCGGCCGCCGCCGGCUUUGGCGAGUUUGCGUCAAGUUAGCCACGCUUCAACCAGUCAGUCUGUUUCUAUCCGGUCCACCGAUCGAUGACAAUUCAAGAGGAAUACAUGUAGUGUGUGCGCAGUCGGAAAUGAAAUAAUAUAGAACCAUGGGGUGCAAGUGCAACUCACGAUUGUUUACACAAUUUAUUCAUCCGUUGAUUGUUUUUUUUUUUUUUUUUAGAUGUAAGUAAGUUUCUUUCGGCUUGUCCCUUUCGGUGUCGCCACAGCGUGUCAUCUCAGAUGAACGCACAUAUGUUUGGCACAAUUUUUACGCCGGAUGCCCUUAAUAGGAUAAUAAUAAAAAACGCUUUUUAAUUUGCAUCCCUUUGUCGAAAAACAGUAUAUGAUGCAUAAUACUGUCAAAUAAACGGACCAUGAUUUUGUUCCUGGUUUGGUCGUAACUCAGCAAAAAAUGGAGAUCACUUUUUUUUCCAAAGUAAAAGAAGAAGUUAGCAAAUGUCUUCUUUUGAUAAAACACAAAAGAAAAGCAGUCAUCUUUCACACUGAACGACGGAAUCUGGAGAAUAUUUGCUUUUGAAAUGGUUCAAUUCUGUAAGCAAUUUCAAAAAUGUCUCGAAACACUAAAUUGAUUCCCAAAGUAGUUGUUGAUUCAUUUGAUAAUCGAUGAAUUGUUGCGCUGCUGCUCGAAACCUGAUAACAGUGUGUCAGAGUUCGUUGGCCGAACCACACCGCGGAGGCCGGAGUGGGGCUGCGGGGGGUGUUAAGUGUUCAGCUCAGGGGUUAGCAGCUCAGCCAAGGAGACCAGACGACCUUUGUCACCACACCGGGUAACAACAGGCCAGGGUGCUCUACGGGAAUAAAAAAGAGGAACUUGGAGACUAAUGUGUGUGUGUGUGUGUGUGUGUGUGCGCGUGUGCGUGUGUGUGUGCAGACAGCAUGCGGUGUGCUCUUUGUGCUGCUCUUUGUCCACUUUUUGCAGUUCUGCUAUGCGGUGCGGUCCCGGCUGACAGGUCGCCAUCAACGGGGACUCGGGCGAUGUUGGACCCGGAAGUACACAUGAACAUUACGGAGAUCAUCGGCAGGUGGGGCUACCCGGCGGAGGAGCACGAGGUCCCGACGGAGGACGGCUACAUCCUGACGCUCAACAGAAUCCCCGCGGGACUUUUCUUUGCGGUCGUCGGCGGCGCAGGACCCGGAGGCCCGGUCCUCCUCCAGCACGGCCUCCUGGCGGCCGGCAGCAACUGGAUCACCAACCCGCCGGCUUCCGGCCUGGGCUACGCGCUGGCCGACGCCGGCUACGACGUUUGGCUCGGGAACAGCCGAGGGAACACCUGGUCCAGGAAACACCGCACCUUGACGCCGGACCACCGAGACUUCUGGAAGUUCAGUCACGACGAAAUGGCCCUUUUGGAUCUUCCCGCUGUGGUGGACUACAUCCUGAAGGUGACGGGGCAAAAGCAGAUGGUCUACAUCGGACACUCCCAGGGGACCACCAUCGGAUUCAUGGCAUUCUCCAGACUUCCGCACCUGGCCACCAAGAUCAAAUUGUUUGUGGCGUUGGCUCCGGUGGCCACGGUGGCUUUCGCCAGCAGCCCCAUGACAAAACUCGCCAUCCUGCCCGACUCCCUGGUUUGGGACCUGUUCGGGAGGCGGGACUUCCUGCCGCAGAGUCACAUGAUCGAGUGGUUCGCCGAACACGUUUGCGGCAAGCGUCUGCUGAGCGAGCUGUGCGGAAACCUUUUCUUCGUCCUGUGCGGCUUCGACGAGCUCAACCUCAACAUGUCUCGCACGGCCGUCUACACCACGCACUGUCCUGCUGGCACGUCGGUCCAGAACAUGCUCCACUGGGCCCAGGCGGUCGACGGCGGGAAGCUGGCGGCCUUCGACUUUGGCGCAGAGGGAAACAUGAAACGUUACAACCAGACCACGCCCCCCCAGUACCACGUCCAGGACAUGAAGGUUCCCACCGCCGUCUUCUCGGGGGGGCACGACACGCUGGCCGACCCCAAAGACGUCGCCCUGCUCCUCACGCAGGUGUCCAAUAUUGUGUUCCAUCAGCACAUUCCCCACUGGGACCAUCUGGACUUCAUUUGGGGUCUGGACGCUCCCCAGCUGAUGUUUCCCGCCAUCCUCAAGCUGCUGCAGCAGUACCACUAGGGAGGGCCGCUAGCUAGCUCACCCCACAUCAGCUGAUCACAACUCCUUACAAAUUUCAAGUCUGCUGGAAAUGUUUUGUCAUUUUUACACCAAUCAUUUGUUUACAUGUUUUUAUUUGCCACUCGAGUGGAUGUUUUAAUUCAGGUUUCCCACUUGUGUUCUGAGCAUCAUGACGCUAAGUGGAGCUUGCUUUUCAUCUGUGACCUUUUACAUCAGCAACUCAUUCAAUAAAAGAAAAAUAAAACAUGA